GGAAUAAUGCUUGCCCGUCAACUGUCAAAAACGCCGCAAGGAGGGUAUAUACACGUAACUAUGCACAAGUGCUCUCCAUUAGUAGUAAGAAGGUUCCUAUGUCCAAAUUUGAACCUGACAAGUACAUAAAUUAUCAGAGAAUUGAAGAUAAUCUGGCCAUUGUGAAAAAAAGGUUUCAACGUCCAUUGACCCUUUCUGAGAAGAUAGUUUACGGCCAUUUAGAUGAUGCUGCUGGACAAGAUAUUGUCCGUGGAACUUCAUAUCUUAAAUUACGACCAGAUCGUGUCGCUUGUCAAGAUGCUACCGCUCAAAUGGCUCUUCUUCAGUUCAUGUCUGCUAAUAUGCCGGAAGUUGCUGCUCCGACAACCGUUCAUUGUGAUCACUUAAUUGAAGCUCAAGUUGGUGGUCCACAAGAUCUUGCGCGCGCAAAAGAGAUUAAUUCCGAAGUAUAUAAAUUUCUGUCUUCUGCUUCUGCUAAAUAUAAUAUUGGAUUUUGGCGUCCUGGCUCUGGUAUCAUUCAUCAGAUCAUUUUGGAAAAUUAUGCCUUUCCAGGUGGUCUAAUGAUAGGUACCGAUUCUCACACACCAAAUGCUGGUGGGUUGGGUAUGGUUGCUGUUGGUGUCGGCGGUGCAGAUGCCGUCGAUGUUAUGGCUGAUCUUCCUUGGGAAUUAAAAUGUCCAAAAGUUAUUGGUGUUAAAUUAACUGGUUCAAUGAGUGGAUGGACUGCUCCUAAAGAUGUUAUCCUGAAAGUUGCUGGUAUUUUGACUGUUAAAGGAGGUACUGGUGCUAUAAUUGAAUAUUUUGGUCCCGGUGUUGAAUCUUUAUCAUGUACGGGUAUGGCUACAGUCUGUAAUAUGGGUGCCGAAAUUGGUGCCACUACAUCUCUUUUCCCAUUUAACAAACGUAUGGGUGAUUUCCUUCGUGCUACUCAACGCGGUGAAAUUGCUGCUUAUGCCGAGUCAUUUGCUCACAAUUUACGCGCUGAUGAAGGUGCUGAAUAUGAUCAAUUAAUUGAGAUCAAUUUAUCUGAACUUGAGCCUCACAUUAAUGGUCCAUUUACACCGGAUCUUGCCACACCUGUAAGCAAAUUUAAGGAUGCUGUGAUAGAAAACGGGUGGCCAUCAGAACUUAAAGUUGGUUUGAUUGGUUCAUGCACUAAUUCUUCAUACGAAGAUAUGACUCGCUCCGCUUCUAUCGCUAAACAAGCUCUUGAUCAUGGACUUAAGGCCAAGUCUAUAUUCACUAUAACACCUGGUUCUGAACAAAUUCGAGCAACCAUUUCACGUGAUGGUCAGGAAAAAAUAUUAACUGAUGCCGGUGGUAUAGUUUUAGCAAAUGCAUGUGGCCCAUGCAUCGGUCAAUGGGAUCGUCAAGAUGUUAAGAAAGGCGAAAAGAAUUCAAUUGUUACUUCAUAUAACAGAAAUUUCACAGGUCGUAAUGAUGCCAAUCCUGCAACUCACGCCUUUGUUACUUCUCCUGACAUUGUCACUGCGAUGGUCUUUGCUGGUGAUCUACGUUUCAACCCUCUUUCUGAUACUCUUAUUGGUGCUGAUGGAAAACCAUUCAAAUUUGAUGGUCCUAAUGGUACCGAGCUCCCUCCUCGAGGGUAUGAUCCUGGUGAAGAUACAUAUCAAUAUCCUCCAAAAGAUCAUGUUUCAGUUCAAGUACAAGUAGAUCCCAAAAGCAGUCGACUUCAAUUAUUGCAACCAUUUUCUAAAUGGUCUGGUAAGGAUAUAGAACAGGCACAAAUUUUAAUUAAAGUUAAGGGCAAGUCUUAUA